CGUGGCAAUGAGUGUAGCCGGCCGGCGCUUGAGCUGCUUUCAGUCUAACGAUACAAACACUUUGCAACGGUUAUACGCUACGCUCGCUUCUACUGUAGAUUUUCCCGCGUUUUCCUAAAUAAUAAUUACGAUCGAAUUCAACUUUUAUAUAAAUUAUAAUUUAAUAUACUUAAAUUAAAAAUAUUUUAGUAAUCAAUUUAAAAAGUAGUGCGAUUCUACAUGGUCGAAGAGGGAAAUAAAAAUUUUCCUAGCAUCAUGAGGAAAUGCUUCAAGAUGGGUCUAUUUAAGAUAAUCCCAAGUCAAAAGAACAAAGAGAAAUCAGUUGCAGCCGGACCUGAACCGGAAGAUGUUGUAUCUACAGUCAUUGGCAACUACGGACGAUGGCAGCUACUGAUGACUUUUCUCCUAGCGAUGUUCUCCUUCCCUUGCACAUUCCACAUAUAUUUACCUACAUUCACGGCUAAAUCUACGAAGUUCUGGUGUAGAUUACCGGAGAGUUUAGCUGGUCUGCCAAUAGAGAACUGGAUUAAUUACAGUCAACCAGUAGACGCGUGCUAUGUCCGUGAAUUACCGAAUGGAAUUACUGUCGAAAGUAUACUAAAUAAUACAGCACCUGUCCUCGAUUCGUUCCUCAAAUGUCAGCAAUGGGACUACGAUCGAUCAGAAGUUGGUGAAACGAUUAUAUCAGAAUGGAAUCUAGUAUGUGACAAUGCAGGAUUGACAAAUCUCGCUGAAGUUGUGUUCCUUAUCGGUGUCGGAAUCGGUGGCGUCGUGGGCGGUUGGAUUUCUGACAAAUUCGGGCGAAAACGCAUCUUGAUGGGUAUGAUGAUCUGUCAGUGUGUGCUUGCUAUAAUAUCGUUACUGGUUCGUUCUUACAUCCAGUACGUUGCGGUGCGUCUCAUCAUGGGUCUUGUAUCCGUAUCAGUGGUGUAUGCAGCAUUCGUGCUCUCCGUUGAAUUGGUGAGCGGCAACUGGGUGACAAUUGCCGGCGUCUGCAAUUUCUUCCCUCUGCCACUGGCUUACGUCAUCGUGUCUCUCCUCUCAUUACUGCUACCGAAUUGGAGAGAUUUACAACUGUCACUCUCACUACCGGGAUGCUUCCUGCUAUUACUAUGGUUCGUUUUACCUGAAUCACCAAGAUGGUUAAUUGGCAGGGGACGUAUUCAAGAAGCAAAGGAAAUUAUUGUUAAAGCAGCUAAAUUUAACAACCGUGCGAUACCCGACGACAUAGACAAAAUGUUAUUGUUGAGCAAACCCGAGACUGAAGCCGAGCAACCAAGUAUUGUGAUGCUUUUCAAAGGAUAUCUAUUAAAGCAUACCUUUUGUUUGUUCAUCGCUUGGUUUUCUAUGACCAUAGCAUACUACGGACUUUUGUUGAACAUCGGAAACUUUAACUUGGGCAAUCUUCAUGUUACUUCUAUAAUCCUUGCUAUUGUAGAAAUACCAGCGAUCGCUGUUAGCAUUCCGAUAUUGUUAAAAGCCGGGAGAAAGAUACCAAUUUUCAUAAGUAUGUUCAUGUGUGGAAUGGCUUGUGUCGCAAGUGAGUUAUUCUCAAUCUCCUUUGAAGAUGAUUGGAUCAUGAUUGCUUGCUUGAUGGUUGGGAAGUUCGCGAUCGGCUCUUCAAAUAUGAUGAUGCCUAUAUUUACGGCAGAGCUGUACCCGACUUUGAUAAGAAAUCUCGGAGUUGGUGUCAGUCAAGUAGCUGCAGGAUUAGCACUGAUGUGUAUCCCGUAUUUGUGGGAAUUGACCGCUUUGAACAAACAUUUGCCGAUGGUGACGAUAGCAGCCUUGAGUGCAGUUGGCGGUGGCAUUGUUCUUUUGCUGCCAGAAACGACGCGGACCAAAGAAAACAAAAAACCUGCCUUCGACAGCUCUUCGCCGUGCAAUGGGACCUUCACUAUUUGUGAUGAAAGAGGAUAUCAGAAUUAAUUCCAAUCCGCCAAAAUAAAGGAAUGAAUCUGUGUAAAUAUUGUAAAUAUCUAUUUAACCAUUUAAAAACUUAGUAGAUUAGUGAAAUCAUUCCGAAUUUGAUGAAGUAUGAAUGAAAUGCAAAUCAGUGCAAGCAAUCUUGUUUUAAAAGUCAUAUCAAAGUAGGAACGUCUAUACUAGUUAGUCAAAAACAAUUGAAUAAUUGUGAAAACGUAACUUAAAAAAUUGCAUAGCAAUUGUAGUUAUUGGUAUACUCAGGAAGACCGAUGUAUUUGAAUGCCUGUAUCUAACCGACAAGAAUAAUUGUGAUUAUGUACGGAUUUAGAAAAAGCGAUGAAUGUCUUAACUGAACCGUGCCAAAAGAAAAUCGUAAUGACUGCCUUCUUGUCUGAAUUAUAAGCGUGAUGUUGAUUAAAAGUGAAAUGAAGUUUUAAUACGAUUAUUAAUAAAUUAAUUACAUUUAAGUAUUUUAACAAUUACGUGAUACAAUGACUAACAUUAAAAUUA